GGUAGUGCCUCCGUUUUGCCGUUUGCCACUUAGGUAGAGGAAGCUCUCGUUGCUUCGCGCCGGUUACUGUCUUGUGUGAACCCGCGUUGGCGUGAGAAGUCCUCGUAAUCCCGACGUCAAGAAGAACAGGCAGAAGGUGGGAAAGAAGAGGGAGCAGAGCAUGGCGGCAUCAACGCCAGAUAAAAACAUCAAGAAGAAAACGGAGAAAAAGCUGGCUGUUCGUGAGGAAGCCAAAUUAUUGGCUAGUUUCAUGGCGGUCAUGAAUAAUAUGAGGAAGCAAAAAACACUAUGUGACGUUAUAUUGAUAGUCCAGGAAAGGAGGAUUCCAGCUCAUCGGGUUGUACUUGCUUCAGCCAGUCACUUUUUUCACUUAAUGUUUACCACAAAUAUGAUUGAAUCAAAGUCAUUUGAAGUUGAAUUAAAGGAUGCUGAGCCAGAUAUAAUUGAACAGCUUGUGGAAUUUGCUUAUACCGCAAGCAUUUUUUACAGAAUUUCUGUGAACAGCAACAAUGUCCAAUCAUUGUUGGAUGCAGCAAAUCAAUAUCAAAUUGAACCUGUGAAAAAAAUGUGUGUAGAGUUUUUAAAAGAGCAAGUGGAUGCUACAAAUUGUCUUGGUAUAAGUGUAUUAGCAGAGUGCCUUGACUGCCCAGAACUGAAGGCCACUGCGGAUGAUUAUAUUUAUCAGCACUUCACAGAGGUGUACAAGACUGAUGAGUUUCAGCAGUUAGAUGUUAAACGUGUGACACAUCUCCUCAAUCAAGACACUCUGACUGUAAGAGCUGAAGAUCAGGUUUAUGAUGCUGCUGUUCGUUGGUUAAAAUAUGAUGAGCCAAACCGCCAGCCCUACAUGGUUGAUAUCCUUGCUAAAGUCAGGUUUCCUUUAAUUUCAAAGAAUUUCCUUAGUAAAACUGUACAGGCAGAGCCACUUAUACAAGACAACCCAGAGUGUCUCAAAAUGGUUAUAAGUGGAAUGAGAUACCAUCUCCUUUCUCCAGAAGACAGAGAAGAAUUGGUGGAUGGGACUCGUCCAAGAAGGAAAAAGCAUGAGUACCGUAUUGCCUUGUUUGGAGGAUCACAGCCCCAGUCAUGUCGAUACUUCAAUCCCAAGGAUUACAGCUGGACAGACAUCCGAUGUCCCUUUGAAAAGCGGAGGGAUGCAGCUUCUGUGUUCUGGGAUAAUGUAGUUUAUAUUUUGGGUGGUUCCCAGCUUUUCCCCAUAAAACGAAUGGAUUGCUACAAUGUGGUUAAAGACAGCUGGUACUCCAAACUGGGUCCUCCAACUCCUCGUGAUAGCCUUGCAGCAUGUGCAGCAGAGGGUAAAAUUUACACAUCUGGCGGUUCAGAAGUAGGAAAUUCUGCUUUAUAUUUAUUUGAAUGCUAUGAUACAAGAACAGAAAGCUGGCACACAAAGCCCAGUAUGCUGACUCAGCGAUGCAGUCAUGGGAUGGUAGAAGCAAAUGGCCUUAUUUAUGUGUGCGGAGGAAGUUUAGGGAACAAUGUUUCUGGAAGAGUCUUGAGCUCCUGCGAAGUUUAUGAUCCAGCAAAGGAAACGUGGACUGAGCUAUGUCCAAUGCUUGAAGCUCGAAAGAACCAUGGUUUGGUAGUUGUGAAAGAUAAAAUAUUUGCUGUAGGGGGGCAAAAUAGCUUAGGUGGCUUAGACAGUGUGGAAUACUAUGACAUUAAACUGAAUGAAUGGAAGAUGGUUUCCCCAAUGUCAUGGAAAGGUGUAACGGUAAAAUGUGCUGCUGUGGGUUCCACAAUUUAUGUUCUAGCUGGAUUUCAGGGUGUGGGUCGCUUGGGGCACAUCCUUGAAUAUAACACUGAAAUUGACAAAUGGACAGCAAACUCUAAGGUUCGUGCUUUUCCAGUAACCAGCUGUUUAAUUUGUGUAGUGGAUACUUGUGGAGCAAAUGAGGAGACAUUAGAAACUUAAAUACUUUAGUAUUAUCAAAAAGUACUCCUGAAAGAAAUUGCUAUUUGUUUUGUUCUACCUUUUAGUUGUGUCUUGCCAGUAUAUAAUAUGGGGGAAAUUGGAGUGUGCUUUUCAUUCUUAUUUCAACUGUUCAUAUAAUUUGAGUUUUCUUAUUUGACUACUGUUCUUUAGGGCCCUUUCUAUGCAUUGGAAUUAUUUCAGUUUCUCCAAAUGAGGAGUGAAGGAAAAUGAAAAUUUCUCAAGAUGCCCAACCAAUAAUUUUUU